AUGCCGCUCGUGCCCAUCCCGCGGCGGGUGCGCUCCUUCCCCGGCCCGCACGGCACCUGCUGCGCGCCCUCGCCGCUGGCGCGCACCAGGCACCACAGCUUGGACGCGCGCGUGAAGACGCGCCGGCUGCACGGCUUGCUGCGCUUCCUGCUGUGCCUGGGCGGCCGCCUGCUCACAGCCGCGCUCUGGCGCGCGCUAGCCUGGCUCUGCCGCCUGCAGUACCUGGGCGCGCGCUGCUGCUGCUGGCCGCCGCCCCCUGGACUUCCACCUGCCCUACCAGCUGCUCUUCUGCGCGACCCUGCUGCUGCCCGGCGGGCUGGGCUGGGGGACAUGUGAGCGCCCGCGCCGAGGGCUGAGACCUGGGGUCCCCCCUGCACCCUGGCUGCGCAGCUGUGAGCAGGUUUAGGGGGCUGAGAGCCCUCCGGGGUCCUUUGGCGUCGGGCGUCCCAGACGUGGGAACAGGCCAACACUUGGCUGUCCUGCCACCGCGAAGCCCUCCAGGAAGGCAGACGGGCACCCCACCCCGCAGGGAAGGGCUCGCGUCGUGGCUGCCGGUGGGGGCACGUGGACCCUCUGUCCCUCUGAUUCCAGAGGUGGCCUGUGACUACGUUGUGCACCCGGAACUCUGGGCGUGGGGUUCGGGCCGGCCCCUGUGACCCCCGCCCCGGUGGACCCUGUGCCGGUGUGGGGGACCCACCUCUUGCUGCACACAAUCUUUUGCAUUAAACUACACUGCUUCCUUUUGCUGUGCUUCUGUUAGUUAGCUCAGGGUACCUCUUGCUGAGGGUGAGGCUGGGGCCCAGGGCAGCGGGGUUGCUCAGCCAGUGGCCUGACCAUGCCAGUCCAGCCCACACUAGCCCAGCUGCCUGGUGAGCUGUCCAUGAGGUCAGCCACGUGCAUUAAAACUGGUUUGUUGUGUUUUUUUU